AUGUGUCCGGUGACAUCUGACCCUCGUAUAUAUACUAUACAUGCUGGCUUGGAGUGCGGUACGCUCAUGUCGCGUCUAUCGUCUGUGAAGGAGUGUGUGAGCAUCGGCCCUACUGUAAAGGGUGCCCACUCCCCCGAUGAGAGGCUUGAGAUAGCGAGCUGUGCCCCCUUUAUCAAGUGGCUUUGUGACGUCAUCAGUGUAUUACAAGCUCAAUCACUAUCACCUUAA